CGCAGUGAAGUGGGCGAGGGGCGCUCUCAAAUCUCUCCAGUCUCGGUUUACGAUCGCCGUUGACGGCCCAAACGCCAUUCCAAUCCUCUUCUCUCAUCACAACCCGCAUUUGCAUUUGGUUUCUGUCAAGGAAUUCGCUAUCUUUUUUGCCUUAAAAGAUUGCUGCUUUCUUCCCCGCUCGCUUGGGGGUCGAUUUUUAGGGUAUUGGUGAUGUCUGAUAAUCGGCCGUCUUCCGCCGAUGUAGCAUCGAACGGAGAUGAGAGUAGUUGUCCAAUGUCGCCGCGGCGGCGGAGCCUUACCACGCAGUGGGCGUCUGUGGUCCGUGGGGAUUAUGAUCAAAACUCGUCUACGUUGGCCGCUGCUUCUUCGGUGGCACCUGGGGGUUCUUCAUCUCGGGCGCUGCUGGACCAGCCGUCUGGUUCAGAUAGCGUGUUGGUUGAGAGUUCGGGCUCGGAAGGCCCAUUGGGAAGCCACAAUGCUGGUAGGCAGAGAAGGCCUGCGUGGAAAAGGCCUAUGAACGGUGCCGCUAAUCCUAUUUGUGUAAUUGGUGGGGCAGGGUCCUGGCCUGCACUUUCGGAGACGACAACCGGUCCUGUUAUUAAAUUGUCCUCGGAUAAUUCGAGGAGGCUUGCUGAUGGAUCUGUCUCUUUAUCUCAGGCUCCUAUAUUGUCGCAACCUCCGCAGCGGCCAAUGAAUGACAGGUCUAGUGGUGCUACAACCUCUGCGAAACCGAGGUCAAGGAACCGAAAUGGAGGAGGAGGUACCCCUGCGGGAAUUGCUCCACCACCGAACACUUUAAACCAGACAUCUCUCCGGGCACCGCCAUUUAUGCAUAGCAUGGUUCCUACUGUAGUGGAUGCUUCAGCGAGAGGCACAAGACCUGUCGGAGGAGGAAACGAACAUUCUCAGAGGAAUAAUUCGAGAAGGAAUGGUGGUUAUGGCCCCCGACCUCGAAGAGAUGCGCAAUUCCAUAAUAAUCAUGGUCGAGGGCGUGAUCAAAGUCGUAGAGAUGUUCUUCCUCACUUGCCCUAUGGACCGCCUCCUCCUCCCAUGAGCUAUAUAGCUUCUCCUCUGCACCCUGGAGCUCCACGUUUUCUUGCACUUCCAGCUAUGAGAGUUUUUCCCGGACAAAUUGGGUUUGAAGUGGGAUCGCCUUCUUUUUAUUAUCCAAUUCCUUCGGAUUCGUUCAGACCUAUCCAUGUUGUUCCGACAGUUGUGCCACCUUCAGCCAUUGAUAAUACAUUAACAAACAGUAUUGUUAAGCAGAUAGACUUUUAUUUCAGUGAUAAUAAUUUAAUGAGAGAUAGCUACCUGAGAUCGAAGAUGGAUGACCAAGGCUGGGUUCCGAUUUCUUUAGUAGCUUCCUUCCCGCGAAUUAAGCAAAUGACGAAUGACAUUUCAUUGGUUAUGGAAUCCUUAAGAUAUUCUACAGUCGUGGAAAUGCAGGGAGACAAGGUCAGGAGGCGCAACGAGUGGGCGCGGUGGCUGCCUCCAUCUGACGGGCUUGCUAAUUCUGGUUCUCAGAUCACUGGAGCACCUGACAAUGAACUGGCAACUUCCUUACAGGGAAUUUCAAUCGACAAUACUGAAGCUGAUUUAAUUGGCAACAACGAUGCCAUGGAAGGUCGUGUUGAGAUGAACGCAGAGAGGACUGAACAAUCAGCGGAAGAAGCUCGUGCAAUUAGCAUAUAACUAUCUGAUUCCGAAAACUUUUUGGAAUAGCUGAGGUUUUUGAAAUGCAGUCUAAGGGGUGUACGUCAAAGCAAACUAUUUCUUAGUUCGAGGCGUGCCCUGAAUGAGAAGUUCCCUGAAGACGGUUCAUUUCGCCAAUCUGACUAACAUGGCUUUUUUGUUGCUGACAUCAUGGUUCAUGUUCACAAUCACCAAUUUUUAGGUGGACUAUUAUUUUUGCAAUGGAUUGUAAAUUUGAAAAAAAAAAAAAAAUAAAGAAAAACGAUCGAUGCGGUGCGGCUUUUGAGUACUUGCUUCAAGUUUUAUACUUGUUUGCUGGGUAUUGUUUUAUUCAUUUGUAAAGAUGAAUUUUGCU